CGCUUGCUGGACUGUCCCUGGGUUACGCGACAGGAAUAUGCGUCGGCCGUGGCGUUUCCGCUCAGACUGUGCCUCGUAGCCUGCUGCACGAAGAUGAGGGUUGCCAUCCGGGAGCAGCUCGCUGUGGUUGCUAUACUCACCGUCGGAAUCGCUCUCGCCGUUGUCUCGAUCCCGACAUGGCUCUUCGUCAACAACUUCGUCGCCGGCGUCGAGUCUGACAGCCUCUCCUUGACUGCCUCUCUCAAGGCUGCGAGGAUCGGGUCCGAGAUCAGCCUUAUCCAGACGACCUGUCAGACCAUCUCGACGCGGCUGUUGCUCCAGGAUGCCUUCAAGAAAUUCUACAGCUCCCAGGUCAACAACGUAUCUACUGGCGGAGACCCAUGGGAGGCAGCGAACGCCGACCUGGCCAGUGCGCUCAGCUCGACCGGCUUCUCCGGCCUUCUGCAGGCUCGUCUGUACUCCCGCAACACCACGGGCGAUCCCAAGGGCCUUCUCAGCAUCACCGGCACCGGCGCCACCGAUCCUGCGCCCAUCUUGCUGCCGUACAAGGCCCCCAAUGGUUCGCAAGUCUAUCUGGGUGAUCCCGAAUAUGGCUUUCCACCGUCGCUCUAUCCAAAUAUCACCUAUAUUGACCUCAACCGGACCCUUGAUGGCCUGCCAUCCGUCCAUGCUUUCUCUGCCAAUGUGUUUCCGGGCGUGUCUCUGGGAAACGGGAGCGAUUCAGCCGGAGUCUUGCUCGGCCCCUUGGUGGUCAAUUCGACUUUUGCCUUAAUCUCCAUCACGAUUCCUGUGCGUGAUAUUGUCGAGAACGGCUAUACGCUCGGGUACAUGACGCUCGUCGCCACCGCCCGGACGCUGGUCGACGUGGAGCUCUCUCGCGAGGGCCUGGGCCAGACGGGAAUCGUGCUUUUCGUUGGUUCCGUUAACCCAUGGAACCAUUUCGGGCCCCCACUUGCCGCAAGCAAUGCAACCUGGGUGCCGCCGCUGGAAGAGUUCAAGCAAGAGGAGGUGCGCUUCAUCUUCCCGCCUCAGCCGGCCGAUGGCCAGCCGGACCGGCACACCCAACGGAGCUUCGGUUCGGGCCACUUCAGCGAGCCUUUCCAGCUACGCCAAUAUCCGGCCGUGCUCGACGUUCUCGGGAAGAAGAACCCCAAUCCCAACAACGCCACAAGCAUGCUGUCGACAAAAAACGAACAAGGUUAUUCCGUGGCGGUAGGCGUCGCGCGGCCGCAGACCUCGCUGGUCUCCUGGGCCGUCGUUGUGGAGCAAGACAGGAGCGAGGCCUACGAGCCAAUCAAGACGCUGCGGUCCAUCCUCCUAGGGUGCGUCUUUGGAACCCUGGGCCUGGCGCUGCUGCUGAUCUUUCCCUUUGCGCACUGGAUUGUCAUGCCCAUCAGGAGGUUAAAAGAGGCCACGGAGAACUCGAUUGCUCCUCCGGGGUACGAGGACGACGAAGACGAGCUUUUCGACGAGGAGAACCCCAGCUCAGGUGGUGGGACGGCGUCGGGAAGGUCGUCGGAGAAGGGGGUGCUGGCAAAGAUGCGCCGGAAGAUGCGCCGAAGGCGAAGGGGAAGGCUGCGGCGGCAGGGUACCGCAACCGAGGCGACCCGCCGGCAGUUCAAGAUUCCCGCCAAGGUUGAAGAAGGGAAACGCUACGUGACCGACGAGUUGACGGAGCUCACCCAAACCUUUAACGAGAUGACCGAUGAGCUGCUGAAACAAUACACGUUUCUGGAUGAGAAGGUGGCGGAGCGGACGAGAGAGCUCGAGAUCAGCAAAAAGGCGGCGGAGGCCGCCAACGAGAGCAAGACCCUGUUCCUCGCUAAUAUCUCGCACGAGCUUAAGACGCCGCUGAACGGUAUCAUGGGAAUGUGUGCGGUGUGCAUGGAGGACGACGACAUACACCGGAUAAAGCAGUCACUGAAGACGGUGUACAAGUCGGGCGAUCUCUUGCUGCAUCUUCUCGAGGACCUGCUCAGCUUCUCCAAGAACCAGAUCGGACAGCAAGUCCGUCUCGAGGAACGAGAGUUCCGCCUGGGCGAUAUACGCUCGCAGAUCCUGGCGAUUUUCGACAAGCAAGUCCGGGAGAGCAAGAUCAAGUUCGCCGCCAGCUUCAUCCCGACUGAGAAUCUAGAUUCGAGCCCAAGCCCGGAUCGGCAGACGAGCGUGGAUACCAAGAGACUCCCUGCGCUCGGACCGCCCGGAGUUGGGAGGCUCAAGGACAUGUGCCUCUGGGGGGAUCAGCACAGGAUUUUGCAGGUCAUCAUCAACCUUGUCAGUAACAGCUUGAAGUUCACGCCGGCCGGCGGCAAGAUCGACCUCAGAAUGCGCUGCGUCGGCGAGGUUGAACAGCCGAACGAUGAGAGCCGGUCGUCGUCCUUCUCGAAGACGGGUUCGAACCGGGCUGGGCGCACCAGGCAGCGGAUAGGAUCCGUGUCAACCCCUUCGGCAAGUUCUAAGGGCGGGCAUGCGUCGAUCUCGCCGGCCAACGGCGGGACCGCCCUGGCCAUCAAUCCCCUGGACCCGAAAGCCACGUCGCACAUCUAUGUACGGGAGCGGUCGCCGACGCCGCCGCCGCCGAACGCGAAGACUUUCCUGUUCGAGUUCGAGGUGGAGGAUACCGGGCCUGGCAUCCCGGACCAUAUGCAGCAGAAGAUCUUUGAGCCGUUCGUGCAAGGCGACCGUGGGUUGAGCAAGAGAUAUGGCGGGACGGGCCUCGGCUUGAGCAUCUGCUCUCAGCUAGCUACGCUCAUGGGAGGCAGCAUCUCCCUUAGGAGCACUCCGGGCGUGGGCACGACCUUCACGAUGCAGAUUCCGCUCAAAUAUGUCAAGGACCACACGUCGAGCACGGCAUCCAGCAGUAUAAAAUCUCGACCGCCCAGCGCAGGCUCAGCCGAUGGCGAGGCCAUGAGGAACCCUGCCCCGAGGACUUCGGCAGAACUUCAACGCCAACCAAGCCCAUCUGGGGUUCUGGACCAGCAGCCGCGGCUUGUCGGACUCAGCCAACCCUUCUUCGCUGCAACACCGAAUUGCCGGCUCAGCAUGGAGGACCAGAUGGCUGCCAUCGACCGGGCCAUGGCGGUCAAGGAAUCCGGGCAGGGAAGGCUGCGUGUGCUGGUGGCCGACGACAACUCAACCAACAUCGAGGUGUUCAGCAGACUGCUGAAGCUGGAGGAUAUCUACGACGUCACCGUUGCCAAGGACGGCCAGGAGGCGUACGACCUCGUGAAGGCGAACAUGGAGAACAACCAGCACUUCGACCUGAUCUUCAUGGACAUCCAGAUGCCGAAUCUGGACGGUCUGCAGUCGACGCGGCUGAUCCGCAAGAUGGGCUACUCGGCGCCCAUCGUGGCCCUGACGGCCUUCUCGGAAGAGAGCAACGUCAAGGAGUGCAUCGCGUCCGGCAUGAACGAGUUCCUGAGCAAGCCGAUUCGCCGGCGGGCGCUGAAGCAGGUUCUCGAGAAGUUCGCGGCCAUCCCGGAGGAGUCGGAAACCGGGAGCACGAGUCGCAAGACGACGCCCAACAAGACGCCGGUGGGCACCCCGGAGAAAGAGCCAAAGGACCCCAUCGCGGAUGGGGCUGUGGUGCCAAAGAUUAAUGGCGCAGGCCGUCCUGCCCUUCCUGCUGCCGUUGAGACGCAAUAACAUUGGCAGGGGUCCUAAGGACCCCUGAGUCGCGGGCCGGCUGGGCCGAGGCCCUUACUGGAAGCAACCCUGAUUCGGUUCGCCUUUUUUGUGUACAUUCUUCCAUCUUGGUUCCUGUCUUUAUCUUGAGCGCGGUUCAGCAAGUAGCGAGCGAGGCGUUUGGGGGCCGGCUUUGUAA